AUGCUACCGAUUAAAGAAAGGAACAUGAAGUCGCUGUGUAGACUCUGUUUUACGGUAGCCACAGCUGUUUCGCAAUUUAGCUGUGGAGCUGCCGCAGAGGUUCGCGCUGUCGUAAAAGGGAUGCAAGAAACAUCAAUGUUGUUAUCGAGAUUAAGCCUCCAUGUUCAGUCGUCUCGUCCGCGACUAGUCACCUUACGCGAAGGGGCAUCGGUCUCUCGGCCAUUUAUCGUAAUGGGGCAUGAGUCUGCAUCUCUUAUCCCGAUGGAGACACACUCGUACAUUGUAGAGGUAAACGACACAGCGCAUGAUAUGCUCGCAACCAUCCAAUUUGCUUCGCAAGCGAGUGACUCGAGUGGAACGACAACAAUGCAUGUGGCAAGACGGACAAGCGACGGAAACGGCUGGAUUCUGGACACGACACAGAUAGGGAAACUGAGGCUGAUGGGGUCUCUGGCGGGGGAGUAUCUCGCCGUCAAGAGAAAAGACCUAGGCCAGAACGAGGAGGAAGCAGAGCUGCGAAGGAGACGAGAAGAGAAAGUGUUUACGGAAAGGGCACAGAUAAGCGACCAAUGCGCAGCCUGGCUCCGGUACUGCGCAGCCAUGACGAGCGAUCCUGGACAACAAACUCCACCACCUCGGCCCCCGGCACAGAUGCUCGGGCCUCCACGGCCUCCACAGCCUGGUCCGGGACUUGGACCUGCUCCUCCCCCUGGGCCAAACAGCACCAGUGGGAAUGGAUUGGGCCCGCCAGCGACUGAUGGGCCACCGUCACCUGCCUCGGCGAUGCAAAAUAUUGGUGGUCCUUUCGAAACUGCAACUUCAUUUGCGCUUAAACAAGGGAUAAGCGCGUUUGGCAUGUGA